CACAAAGAAGCUGCGCUGCGGUCUUACCUUCGCUAUCAUCAACGUCAAUCUGAAAGCGUCAGCACCACCUUUUCCCUUGCAUCCCUUGCAGUUAAGAGCGUCAUUCGCUCCUGGCAUCUCCAAGAUAUCUUUUGCUUCUGUUUCUAUUUGUCUCUUACUUAGACUACCGAAACAGACAGAUUUCACUUGAGAGACGCCCCCAGAACCCAUGGCGCAAUGUCUGCGCAAGGUCCAAGCUCCCAGCUCCAAUCUGGGCCGACCACCUCUAUCGCACAACUAAAUCCCAACUUGGCGGACACUGCUUCUCGGCUUAUUCGCGGCGUCAUAACCAUUACCUGGCCCUACAGCUCCUACCGCAAUGUUGCUGCUUUCGUCCUUGCCGAGUCCGACUUUAGGCUGCGACGCGACAAGGGCCAAGUUCGGGUCGAAUUCAGCGGCCCGGCCGCGAAGGCUGUGGCGGACGCCGACUUGAAUAGUGGCGAUGAGAUUACACUGAGUCUCAAAGGCGUCGAAUGGGCCGACAAGGAUCCCAGAGCGCCCUUGUCGGGCGAGCCCCUCGACUGGCAGCUGAAGUUCCAUAACAAGCUACUGCUGCAAGCAGUGAAGCUGGACUCGGGGGAGACGAAACUCAUAGACGUCGACAUCACCGACACCGACACCGACAUCAACGGCUGCGAACCGCCAGCGCUCCCAGAUCCCGAUCCCACACCUGCGCCCCCUACAUCAUUUCUCGACCCCAAGGAUACCUCGCCCUUGCCCGAAACUGUCCCUGCUAUAGAUGGGGUCUUCUCGCCUGUUGGGCUCACGCCGGCCAAGAGACCAGCCGACAGCAAUCGCAAUCUUGCAGAACCGUCAGAGUUCGCUUCACCUGCUUUGUUGAAAAGAGCGCGCGUGUCCUACGGCUCCCUAUUUGAAGGUGGUCUGGAUAUAUUUGAAGAGGAAACGGCGCCUACGGGUAGAGAAAGAAAGCGUCCACGCUUCAGCACGUCCUGGAGGUAUACGAGCCGGUCACCGAGUCCCAGCCCCGACAGACCGUCCACCCGCGAUGGUGGAGGUGCCGUAUCGAUGGUCGAUGGCGGCUGCCAGACCGAUAAACUCGAUUUCACGCCCCCCAGACAGGUGGAAGUAGCUGCCGAGUCCCGAAUUCCUCACCCUGCAGUCUUCGAUACACCAAGCAAGCAGCCAUCAAGCGCCAACCAUGCUUUUGCGUCUCAGAAUGCCAUGUCGCCAUUCGCUUCUAACGCGUUUAAUGGGGAAGCCCCGAAGGAGGCGCCGGUCGAGUCCGCAGAUCAGAAACAAGCGCCGUUCGAGAGCGUGUCAUUGACGGGUCAGCAAUCUCGAAACGAACAGAAUAUACAGGAAGGACGGCGACACACGAUAUUCGUUGACCUCAUCGCCGAACCUCGACAGCCUUCUUGGCCCGGGACUUCGAUUCCAUCUGCGGACUCCAAUAUUUCCGCAGAAAUCGGGCCCGGCGAGACACCAACCAGCUCACCCCACGAAGAUGGCCAUUCGCACAUGGAAGAACAGGGCAUUACCGGGCACUUGGAUGGUCAAUCAAUCGCCAGCGAACACGACGACGGCGAUUCCCAACCAGCCGACUCCGCACUUGAAGGUGACGAAAUCCCCGAGGACCGGGACGGCCCGGAAGAAAAUUUCGGUUCUCGGACAUAUGCGGAGAAGCGUUUCCUGACGGGGGACAUCAAUCAGACUGUCUCCGGCGAUGGGGAGCGCGCGACGACUGGAUACGGCGAAACCGACACCUUCGUGGAAGAUGCCAGACGCGACGCUGGCGGAGAUUACGAUAUCACCCACUACUCUAACCUGAGCAAUGUCCAGGACGACGACGAUGGCUCCGACGUGGAGAGUGAUUACAGCCAACAGGAUGGGGGGCAUAUUUUCGACCCUUAUGGCCGGGGUAACGAAGAAGAUCAGAUCGACGAAGACGCGGAGCAGCAAUUUGGGGAAGAAUAUGGGGAAGAAUACGGGGAAGAAUACGGGGAAGAAUACGAAGAGGACGAGGGUGGCUAUGGGGAAUACGAGAGCUAUUCCGACGAAGAGAGCGAGGAGGAAGAUGACACGGCCGCUGCUAAGCCUGCACCCGCAACCAGGGGACCUCCACAGGUCAUCAGUCUCUUGUCGGAUUCGGAGGAUGAAGACGAAGAGCCCCCGCCCCCAAGGGUGGCCGCACAAUCCAAGGGCCCCCAGUUUUCCCAGUUUGACGGUUCCGUCGACAACAUCCGACAGUCCGUGGCCGAAAAGGCAGGGGAGUAUGAGGGGACCGAUGAGAGUGAGGUAUCCGAAGUGGAUGAAGCGGAUGAGGAGGAAGAAUCAGAAGUAGAGGUGGCGAGUGACAGCGAAGGGGCGUUGCAGGCUGAGGAGUUUGAGGAGCAAGAAGCAGUCGACGAGCAAGAAGUUGCCCAAGACCAAAAGGUAGACGUGAGCGAGGUUGUAGAAGAAGACGUCGGCUCUGAUGCCAAACCGGACGGACCUGCGGAUGCCAUCUCGGGCGCUUCGAUUGAGAGGACCAGGCAAGGGAGCAGCGAAAAAGCGAACACAAGUUCGCCGCCAGCUCAACAACGAGAACCAAGCCGGCACCCAGAGAUCAUAGAAUCCCGCACCAGCAAAAGUCCACCGCAACAGGAUGAUGACCUCGAAAUGAUGAGUCCGAUUCCACCUUUGCGAGCUCUGGAGUUGAUCCGAGAGGAAGAGCGUCUCGAGGUGGUAUCGACCGCUAGUGCACCAGCAACGGAACCUGAUAUCUUGAUGGGACAGUCCGGCCAUGGUCACGCAGGUCAUCACACAGAAGGCAUGGCGACGGUUUCUGUGGUGGAGCAGGUCUCCGAGGUCUCUGUGGUCUCUGUCGAGGAGAUUAGCAUGGCUGCCGAGGCCUUGGGAUCCUCGGAAGUUGACGAAAUGGAAGCUAUUGACGCGCAGCUGCUUGAGGAAAGCGACGGACUCCAUGGCAGGAACAUGCCUGGCAUUCAGAUGCAAGAAGAGGAGGCGGUGCAGGAGGAUAUUGAAAUGAAAGAUGCCGACGAAAGCGACAAUGCCGAGAACAAAGACAACUCUUUCCAGGACCAUGCCACGCCGCCACCAUCCCAGCCUAAGCAACCUUCAGCAACGAGCAAUAGCACAGACGAGUCGGGACGGGAAGCCGGGGGGAAGGACCAAACGGAGCAAACGGAGCAAAUUGGCCAAGAGGACGACAAGGCACAGGCACAAUUACCGACUCCUGUCGCCACCCAGCAAGUACAAGAAGGGACGGCCUCACAAGGCGAAACCGACGUCGAUUUGCAAAAGUCCAAAGCCACACCAGACCAACCCCCGAAGAGUUACGAGACCAAGACCCCUCAACGAGAUACCGAUCAGCACGGGAACACUCCCGGUUCGCAACCUAAAUCUCGCUCGACAAGAAAGCGAGGCCAGGACCAAGGCCGAACCGGAUCGAAGGAACUGGAUCCCAGUGUCCAAUUGGCGCGGGCGUCCAUCGCAUCCAGACGACCGACGCUUGCGCCGGACCAGACCCCCUCGGACAACGUUCGAAUCACGCGCGCGGCAUCACACAAUCACCACAGGAGCCUGUCUCCGGACCUAGACGAGGAUACGAGCGUGCAGCUAGCCAAAGAAGCCCUCAAGUCACCUUCGCGCGCGAGGCGGGGGAAGCCCUCCGAGGAGAACUCGAACUCGCCAACCACCACCACCUCGAUCAAGACACAGCUGGGGAAGGCGAUGCGGGCGGACGUGCCCGACUGCAUCACGCUGCGGAUGCUGCGGCACAACCUGUCGAGGACGGUGGACGUCAUGGGCAUCGUGACGCUGGAGCCCCCGGAGCCGGCGCGCGCCAGGGGAAGCCCGCGGGGGGUGAUGCUGGCGUUCAACGUCACGGACCACUCGGUGGCGCCGGCGCAGGUGGUGCUGGUGAACAUCUUCCGGGCGCACAAGACGGCGCUGCCGAUCGUGCGCACGGGCGACGCGGUGCUCCUGCGGCAGUUCACGGUGGCGGCGAUGCACGGGCGGGGCUUCGGGCUGCGGGCCAACGACGGGUCCAGCUGGGCCGUGUUCGAGGGCGGGGUGGAGGGAGAGGAGAUGCCGCCGCAGAUCAGGGGCCCGCCGGUGGAGCUGUCCAAGGGGGAGAAGACGUUCGGGGGGUUGCUGAGGACGUGGUAUGAGAGUCUGGACGAGGCGAGCAGGGCUAAGCUGCAGAGGAUCAGUGAGAGGGUUCAGGGGACGACGGGAACGGGGACGGGAACGGCAGAGGAAGAAAGGGCACGAUGUUGA